AUGGGUGAUGUAAACCCCUGGAUAUAUAAUGCAGUAGAGCGUGGUGUUUCAGAACUGAAACUGAGUAUAAAGACUCGCUAUAAUCGUUGUCCGCCUUCUGAGCUUGGUGUUGUGAUAGGACCUAAAGAUACCGGUGAAAUCUUUCUGGGUUUUGAGCUCGUAAUGUGCAAGACUCUGGUUAAGCUCACACUUGGAACACAGAUUACUCUUGGGAAUAUUCCUCCAGAUAUGUGUCUUCUAGCUCUUAAGAGUCUCUUCAUCGAUUCGAUCUUUUUCACUGGUGAAUAUCUGUAUAAGGUGCUUCUGCCUGGUUGUCCAGUGCUCGAGGAGUUAUCUGUACAUCACGAGGAUUUCGAAGGAAUGCCAUGGUGCAUAGCGAGUAAGACCAUCAAGAAACUAUCAGUUUACUAUGAUGUUGAGUCUGAAGUUGAUUUUAUGGCCCAUGGUAUGUCAUUUGACGCCUCGAAUCUUGUCUCUCUCGACUACUAUGAUUAUGCCUUGUAUAAGUAUCCUCAAGUUAAUUUGGGUCCCUGGUCGAAGCUAAGCUGGAUAUUCAUUAUUCUGGAGAACAAAUCAAGAGGCCGGAUUUAA